UAGCCCUCGCACUCGAUUCCUGCAAAUAGCGUUGCUUCGCAUUACCUCUUCAGACUGCAGCAGCCAUGGAUGCCUUGGCAAUCCGCACCUCGCUAGUCGCGGCGCCUCAACUAUCGCAGCGCCGCGCUGUCCUGCCCGUGCGGAGGACAGUCAGACUGGUCUCCCCGUCGUCGCUUCCGCGCAUUGCUCGGCGCCAGGCGCUUCGCUGCUCGGCGUCGCUCUCAGCAGCUGAUCUCGAGCGGCUCGGCCCCAAUGGCCACGGCAACGUCGUCGAAGUGACAAGCCGAGAGGAAUUCUACGAUCAAGUUGCCAAGGCCGGCGAUAAGCUGGUGGUGCUGGACAUCUCGACGCGCACGUGCGGGCCGUGCAAGUUCAUCUACCCCAAGGUGGUGGAGCUCAGCCUGCAGCACCCCACCGCCGUCUUCCUCAAGAUCAACGGCGACCACGACGACGGCACCAAGGCGCUGAUGCGGGAGUGGGGCGUGCGGGCGGUGCCCAACUUCCGCUUCUUCCGCGGGGGCGAGUUGGUGCACAGCCACACAGGCGCUAAGAUAGAGGACCUCAAGGACAACCUCGCCAAGUUCCUCUGAACCCCACGCAUGGAUUGCACGCCAUAACUCGUGCAGACGUUUCUGUGAUUAUGACACGUGACAUGUUUUGGUGGAACGUGCAGGACAAGCACAAGAUCUCAUUAGAUUGUAGUUAGUGUCAUUUGUGUACAGUAGUAGCUGCCUGUCCUGGGUUGUAGAGCCACUAUUCCCUCGCCAUCCCCCCAUAUGUACCAUAAGCACGG